AUGCAGGGUCACUAUCAUCACAGUCAGCAAAAAGGAAAUCAGCCAGCCAGCCAGCAAGCAGCAGCCGGCAAUGUGCCACCACAAUGCGAUGACACCGGGACAUUGUGGCUAAAUGACAAAUUGAAUAAUGUUCAUUUUAAUGAAAUUUAUGUGAAGAUGCCAAUGUUUGAGAUGACAGUGGCAGACUUGGGAGUUGCAAAAGCUUGUUGCCUGCCAGUUUGCCCCUGGUGCAUGGAUGAGUCUCCUCCAGAUGAAGUUGCAAAAUUCAGAGUCUCAUUUUCAAUAAAAUCAACUAAUGCUAAUGGUCGACCACAGCCCUGGUGGUGUCGCAAUAAUCGCGGUAGCGGAGGCAGCGGCACCAAUGGCCGGGGAUCUCUUUCAGCCAAACAUUCGGCCGACAGCAUACGAAGACCCACCAGCAAUUCGGGUGUAUGGACUUGGCUGGGCGGUAGUAGGCGUUCUUCGGAGGGGCCAGAUCAAAUAGGACCACCCUCAUCUUCGCCGGCCGAGAACCAUUACACCCAUAUGGAUGAUGCCUACAGUCCUGUGGGCGUAAGUGAAGCUUUAUAUGCGGAAUUGGAUAGGGAAUCCGUAAGAUCCAAUAAUCCAUCAUAUCAGAAUACCGGCUAUAGCCAAUGCGGUGAUAAAUAUACCUUCCAUCAGCAGGAUCAUGACAUUCCCAUUGUGGUAUCAUCAGCCCCCAGCAGUGCUUAUUAUUCGGACCUCUCUGUCACCGGUGUGCCAGGCGGCACUAACGAGCGUGCCUAUGAAAUUGUGGGCCUUACCGUAAUGAACCAACCUUUGCCAAAUUGGGAGGGCUCUGGUGGUGGUGUGGGUUCAGCAAUCAACAGUACCGGCGUUACCGCUAGCGGACAAUUUAUUAGCGGUGGUCCCAAUGCCGAGGGCAUGGCUUCACAACGAAGGAUACCACGUUUGGCGGCCAUCAAUGAGACCAGCACCACCAACACCGCAACCGUACCUUCAGAUUAUGUAUGAAACGAAGAAUAUGUGUGCGAAGAUGUACUUUAAACAAAAGUUGCUUUGGACACAUAUUUCUAAAAUCAAUUUCGAGAGUGAAUGAUGAAAAAAUGCGGAAAAUAUAGUUAUAAUUUUGUAUGUGGACUUAGA